GGCACGGGCUACCUGAAGAGGGCCAAGACUGAGCAGCUGCGAGAGAUCUUCAACAAGUAUGCCUCCGUUGAAAAGCAUGGCGAGAAGUACAUGACUGCAAAGGACUUUGUGAGGAAUUACCUUGGACUCUACACUGAACCCAACUUCAACCCAUCCUCCAUCACGCUCUUGGGCGGCAUUCUGGACACUAGCAAGGAUGGACUCAUCUCCUUUGCCGAGUUCCAUGCCUUUGAGGGCCUGCUGUGUGUGCCUGAUGCUCUCUACAAGACUGCCUUCCAGCUGUUUGAUACUAAGGGAACUGGAAUGGUUACUUUUGAGGAAUUUAUGGAGGUGAUAAAACAAACAACGCUGCAUCAGAGAGUUCCAUUCAACUUUGAGAGUGAUUUCGUUAAGAUGUAUUUUGGCAAGGAUAGAAAUCGCUCCGUCAACUAUGUGGAGUUCAGCCAGUUCCUACAUGACUUUCACGAGGAACAUGCAGUACAAGCCUUCAAGUCUUUUGACAAGGAGGGGACUGGCUUCAUCACUGCCAUGGACUUCAAUGACAUCAUGUUGAAUAUCAAGUCGCAUCUUCUGACACUUCCUGUGCAAAAUAAUCUUGUUGCAGCUGCUUCUAGCCAUAAAGUGAGUUUCCCAUUCUUCAUGGCUUUCAAUUCCUUGCUCACAAAUAUGGAGCUGUCCAAACGUAUCUAUCUCAAUGCCUCAGGUGGAUCACGUACACAGGAAGUUACGAAAGAGGAAUUCCUGCAUUCGGCUCAGAUGAUGUCGCAGAUCACACCCCUAGAAGUGGAGAUUCUCUUCCACCUGACGGAAUUAAUCAGCGAGAGCUCUGGGAAAAUUGUGUACAGUGACUUAGAAGCCUUAACUCCUGAGCAGUACAUGAAGGUGAUCACGCGUAAACUGACUGACAUCAAAGCUGUUCAUAGUCCAGAGCAGCGUGGAGCAUUGAUCCAGGUGCUUGAACAAGUGUACAGGUUCACUCUUGGUUCACUGGCUGGUGCUGUUGGUGCUACUGCUGUGUAUCCAAUUGACUUGGUGAAGACAAGAAUGCAGAAUCAACGUACCGGUUCCUACAUCGGUGAAUUGAUGUACCGUAAUUCCUUUGAUUGUUUCAAGAAGGUGAUUCGUCAUGAAGGUGUCAUGGGCUUGUAUCGUGGCUUGGUGCCUCAGCUGAUUGGUGUAGCCCCUGAAAAGGCUAUUAAGCUGACCAUGAAUGAUUUGGUCCGUGACAAGUUGACGGAUAAAAAGGGAAAUAUUACUUUUGCUGGUGAAAUGUUUGCUGGUGCUUGUGCUGGUGGGUCUCAGGUGAUCUUCACCAAUCCACUUGAAAUUGUAAAGAUUCGUCUACAAGUGGCUGGAGAAAUUGCGACAGUAAAGAAAAUAUCAGCAGUUUCAGUAAUCAAGGAGUUAGGAUUUCUUGGACUGUACAAGGGAGCACGUGCUUGUUUCCUGCGAGACAUACCAUUUUCUGCUAUUUACUUCCCUGUCUAUGCACACUCGAAACAAUUACUUGCUGAUGAAAAUGGUUAUAAUUCACCAUUAACACUGCUGGUUGCUGGUGCUAUUGGUGGUGUUCCUGCAGCCUCUCUGACAACACCAGCUGAUGUCAUUAAGACUCGCCUGCAAGUAGCAGCACGAGCUGGCCAAACAACCUACUCUGGGGUGUUUGAUGCAGCCAGAAAAAUUUUCAGAGAGGAAGGUGGCAAAGCUUUCUGGAAGGGAGCACCAGCUCGUGUGUUCAGGUCAUCCCCGCAGUUUGGUGUUACACUGGUGACCUAUGAAGUUUUGCAGAGACUCUUCUAUGUUGACUUUGGUGGCAGUCGUCCAAAGGGCUCGGAGGCUCAGCUCCCUGCUUCUGCUGCAGACCUGCGCUCUACUAACCCAGACCAUGUUGGAGGGUACAAGGUUGCCGUUCCUAUCUUUAGAGGCAUUGAAUCAAAGUUUGGCCUCUUCCUUCCUCGUUUUGCGUGAGAACAGAAAGAGAGAUAUUGUGUAUAUUUUGGGGUGUAGUUAAUUAUUUUUUAGAAUUCUGUGCUCUGAUUUUAAUAUUUAUUUUAUAUAAUUUGAAGAAAGAAAGAAGAAUUCCUUUUAAAUAUUUCCUGUUUUAAUAUUUAUGACAUGUUCUUUAGAAGUGAUUUUAUGAAGUCUGGAAAUAGCAUGUUAUGUUCAUAAUGUGUAUAUAAAUGUAAACUUUUUUGUUUUUUCGUUUUCAUACUCACUGAAAAUUAAAUUUCAGAAAAUGGGGUUCAGAUCAAGUUAUAGAUUUAAAUUAAAUAUGAGAUGUCAUUCACAUUGUAGGGAAAAUAAAAGAGAAUUGUUGGAUACUUUCCAUCCAUGUAAUCUGAUUAAUGUCACACAUGUAAGACAUUUUGAAAUGGAAGACUCAAAGAAA